AUGGAAGCAAUUUUAGAAUGCCCUGUUUGUGUAGAGCAAUAUGACAGAUCCUCUCAUCUCCCGCUCGUCCUCCUAUGUGGCCAUACUCUCUGCAAGAAAUGUGCUACAAAUCUUCAUAAAACAACAGGAAAAAUCACCUGUCCGCUUGAUCGAAAAUAUGAUAAUCGGCAAAUUCAACAAAUUUCUCAUUCUUUUCAUAUCCUUGAGCUUAUAGAAAAGUUAGCUGACAUGUCCCAAACUUUAAAAUACCUCAAAUUGUCGCCGUCUGAAAGACUAACUGCAAUGAGAAAGCAGGCUGAAGAAAAUCUAGAAAAAUGUCGAAGCCAUAUAGGCUUAGCCAAUACAAAAAUUACAGAAAUUAGUGAGAAAAAACAAAAAAUUUUGACGGAAAUCAGCACAUCAUUUAAUAUACCAAGGCAUAAUAUAAUAAAAAAACUAUUUUUUAUAUAAAAAAAAUUAUUUAGUGGAUUAAUAAAGAAUAUGCUAAAAGAAGCAUUAGAAGAGCGGCAAAGUAUUUUAGAAAAAGAAAUUAUAAAUAAAGCAAACGAAGAAAUUGAGAAAUUUGAAGAAAUUAGGGAUGAAGCGCAAGAGCUUUAUGACGCGUCCAAUAUUGCAUUUGAGCAUUUAAUGGGCAGCAAUGAAUUAGACUUAGAUAAAGAAGACUUAAAGCCUAUAGCCCAGCUUACUGAGCUUCCAGCUGUAGAAAUAAACUGAAAAUAUGUGAUUGAUGAAGCUGCUGAAAAUUUUAUUAAAAAUCUAGGAAGGGUCGGAAAAUGAAGCAUAAUUUGGUGUCAUUUUUUUCUAGAUUUAAUAAUAAAAUAAUUUUUCUCAAAAAUUAACUAUUUUCUCAAAUGAUUAUCAAAAAUUUUGGAAAAUUAAAGCAUUUGCGAUAUCAAAAAGACAGAGAAAAUGCCACUUAGCCUCAUAAUUGCUCCAAUAGAGUGCGAUAACUAUAAAAAUGUAACCUACUGGAUGGUCCCAAGCUGCUGCUCACAAUAUUAUUGCUGCAAUAAGUGCCAUGACAGAAAAGAGACUCAUCAGUGGGUUUAUGCAAAUAGAAUGGUCUGUAUGUAUUGUGAAAAAGAGCAAGAUUAUCGAAAGCUCCCAAAUCAUUGUGAAUAUUGCAAUCAGCAUCAUAAAGGGGUUGUUAGCAAAUAA